AUGUCCCACCAGGUCCCCACCCUGCCCCCAUCCUGUGGCCACCCUGCCCCCACCAAGGGCCACCUACACGUGGGGACGAGCCGUGGCCUCGCUUCCUUCCCCUUCAUCCGCAGAGCCGCCAGCCAGGGCAGCGGUGGCCACAGCAGGCGGGGACAGCCAGUCCACAUGGCUGGGGACACCGGGAUGGCCGGGAAGGUGGCACUGCUCCUGUGGGCCCAGACCCUCGGCCUCGCUGGUGCCCAGGCCACCCAGCUCCUCGUGGAGCCCCCCUGGAGGCCAGCAGUGCUGUGGGACCCGGUGACACUGACCUGCCAGGGCUCGGGGACCGCCGGUGCCACCACCUGGUACAAGGACGGGCAGCGCUGGGGGCAGCAGGGACACGAUCACAUCACUGUCACCGAGAGUGGCACCUACACGUGUGACAGACCCGGCAGUGGGCACAGCCGCCAUGUGAAAGUCUUAGAUGACCAGCUGGUGCUGCAGGUGCCGACACGGACACUGCUGGAGGGAGACACGGUGACAUUGCGCUGCCGGUGCAGGCAGGGCAACCCGGUCAGCUCGGUGUUCUUCUACCAUGAGGAGAAGGAAUUGGGGGAGUUCCAAAAUGGGACCGAGCUGUUCCUGUCCCAUCUGCAGCUGCACCACAGCGGCCGCUACCGCUGCAGGGGCUGGGUGAACUCCAGGGUAGCACAGGGAUGGGAGGAUUCGGCACCGGUGACAGUGACAGUGCACGGUGAGCACCCCACAGCCGCCACCCCAACAGCCCCACAGCUCUUCCCCAGGAACUGGGGGUCACCAGCCCCACCAGCGCCCAUUUCCUGCCCUGAGCCCUUCCCUGUGCCAGUGCUGGAAGUUCCCCGUGAUCCCACCGAGGGGUCCCCCCUGACUCUCAGCUGCCUCAGCACCCCCAGCCCCCUGUGGCCCCGAGCCCCCCUCCUGCACGUGUUCUACCGGGACGGGCAGGUGGUGGGGGUCCCGCAGGGGUCCCCACAGCUGCUGGUACCCGCCGUGGGGGUCUCCCACUCGGGGAAUUACAGCUGCGAGGUGCGCUCUGAGGGAGGGGCUGUGCAGAAGAGCAGUGCCUGGCUACGCAUCACGGUGCGCAGUGAGUGCGAGGAUGGGCACGGGGAGCCCCCACAGACUCCCUGGGUCCCUCCCUGGGCACCUCCUUGUCCCCCAGAGACAUUUCUUGGGUCCCCCCACUUCUGCCCCAUGUCCCCACUCACCCCUUUAUGUUCUGACCCCAUUCCUGACAUCCCCCUUCCCACCCAUACCCCCGUCCCUAUCCCCCCACACCAGCUGCCAGCCCCUCGCUGUGACCUCAGCCCUGUCUGUGUCCCCGCAGUGCCCGUGGCCAAUGCCACCAUCACCCUCAGUCCCCUGGCACACCAGGUGCGCGCAGGGGACCCCGUGACCCUGCGCUGCUCGGUGCAGGUGGGCUCAGCCCCUGUCACCUUCACCUGGCGGCACAACGGGCAGGAGGUGGCCCAGGGUCCCCUCCUGGAGCUUGGGGACGUCAGUGUGGGACAUUCGGGCACCUACCAGUGCGUGGCCACCAACCAGCUGGACAGUCAGCAGGCACUCAGCCCAGAGCUAGUCCUGACUGUGACAUCACAGGGACACAUGGACACCGUGGUUGCAGGGAUUGGUUGGGCCCUUUUGUUCCUGGUCCUGCUCGUGGGUGUCAUUGUGGCCUGGCACCGGUGGCACCGAGUGGCUGCCAGGAAGCACCAGGAAAGGCCCUCCCCGGAGCCCCUGGCCACUCCAGAGGAGGGGGAAAUUCUGUACACCCAUGUUGUGAGCACCAAACAGGCACAGCGUGAGAACAGGCCCUCUUGCAUCACCGUUCCCCAAGAACGCCAGGUGACCUACACGGAGCUGCCGGGACUCCACAGGCGACCAUGUGAGACCAGUGACAUCAAUGAGAUUGUGUUGUGUGCCCAGACCACCCAGCUCCUCGUGGAGCCCCGCUGGAGGCCAGCAGUGCUGUGGGACCGGGUGACACUGACCUGCCAGGGCUCGGGGACCGCCGGUGCCACCACCUGGUACAAGGACGGGCAGCGCUGGGGGCAGCAGGGACACGAUCACAUCACUGUCACCGAGAGUGGCACCUACACGUGUGACAGACCCGGCAGUGGGCACAGCCGCCAUGUGAAAGUCUUAGAUGACCAGCUGGUGCUGCAGGUGCCGACACGGACACUGCUGGAGGGAGACACGGUGACAUUGCGCUGCCAGUGCAGGCAGGGCAACCCGGUCAGCUCGGUGUUCUUCUACCAUGAGGAGAAGGAAUUGGUGGAGUUCCAAAAUGGGACCGAGCUGUUCCUGUCCCAUCUGCAGCUGCACCACAGCGGCCGCUACCGCUGCAGGGGCUGGGUGAACUCCAGGGUAGCACAGGGAUGGGAGGAUUCGGCACCGGUGACAGUGACAGUGCACGCCCCCCUCCUGCACGUGUUCUACCGGGAUGGGCAGGUGGUGGGGGUCCCGCAGGGGUCCCCACAGCUGCUGGUACCCGCCGUGGGGGUCUCCCACUCGGGGAAUUACAGCUGCGAGGUGCGCUCUGAGGGAGGGGCUGUGCAGAAGAGCAGUGCCUGGCUACGCAUCAUGGUGCGCAGUGAGUGCGGGGAUGGGCACGGGGAGCCCCCACAGACUCCCUGGGUCCCUCCCUGGGCACCUCCUUGUCCCCCAGACACAUUUCUUGGGUCCCCCCACUUCUGCCCCAUGUCCCCACUCACCCCUUUAUGUUCUGACCCCAUUCCUAACAUCCCCCUUCCCACCCAUACCCCCAUCCCUAUCCCCCCACACCAGCUGCCAGCCCCUCGCUGUGACCUCAGCCCUGUCUGUGUCCCCGCAGUGCCCGUGGCCAAUGCCACCAUCACCCUCAGUCCCCUGGCACACCAGGUGCGCGCAGGGGACCCCGUGACCCUGCGCUGCUCGGUGCAGGUGGGCUCAGCCCCUGUCACCUUCACCUGGCGGCACAACGGGCAGGAGGUGGCCCAGGGUCCCCUCCUGGAGCUUGGGGACGUCAAUGUGGGACAUUCGGGCACCUACCAGUGCGUGGCCACCAACCAGCUGGACAGUCACCAGGCACUCAGCCCAGAGCUAGUCCUGACUGUGACAUCACAGGGACACAUGGACCCCGUGGUUGCAGGGAUUGGUUGGGCCCUUUUGUUCCUGGUCCUGCUCGUGGGUGUCAUUGUGGCCUGGCACCGGUGGCACCGAGUGGCUGCCAGGAAGCACCAGGAAAGGCCCUCCCCGGAGCCCCUGGCCACUCCAGAGGAGGGGGAAAUUCUGUACACCCAUGUUGUGAGCACCAAACAGGCACAGCGGCCCUCUUGCAUCACCGUUCACCAAGAACGCCAGGUGACCUACACGGAGCUGCCGGGACUCCACGGGCGACCAUGUGAGACCAGUGACAUCAAUGAGAUUGUGUUGUGACACUGGGGGGCACUGGGGGGGCACUGGGGGUCCCCACCCAUGGGCACCCACACAUGUAUGUGCUACCUCUAAAAACUGCUUCUCCUCCUCUCCGUGGAGACUCAAAGAUCUUAAAGGGCUGAGAGAAGAACAAUUUCCUGAAAUAACAAGAGAGAACAAAACCAAAA